CAAAUACACACGCUCGAGAUCCAAUCGAGCGAUUUUUCUUUGAUUGUUCAUGAGCCCCGUUUUCCCCGGCCCCUCUCUUCCCGCACGCUGGAGGUGAACGACGGCGGCGGCUAAACUAGGGUUCCGGCAGGACGUGCCGCCGGGGAAUUCGCCCCUCUCCCAACCCUGCCUGGAAGGAGCAUGGAAAGGACUCACGAAGACUCUCUUGCUGGCGUCGAUUCUUCCAUCGGUGAUGAUUUACCCAAGGACGCCAUCGGACCUCAUGCAAGUUCCAGUUGGUCGGAUCUUCCAACGGAUCUUCUCCUCAGCAUCCUGAAACGCCUCGAGCUCCGGGAAUCCUUUGCUUUUGCUUCCGUCUGCACAUCAUGGUUCUCGGCCGCUGCCGCUGCUGGCAUACCACUUACUUGCAGACCGUGGCUCAUGUCUUGGGCCCACCUCGUUGAGGAACGUGAAGCAGAGAUCAGCUGCAGCUCGGCCGUGACCUGCCAGUUCCGCCAUCUCCUGGACGUCAACAAGUCUUACGAUCUUGAUUUUCCCAAGGGUUGUUUUGUUGCAUGUUGCGGAGCUUCUCAUGGAUGGCUGGUUCUCGCAAAUGAACUCGCCAAUCUCGUUCUCUUCAACCCAAUUACGAUGGAGAUGGUCCCUCUGCCCCCAAUCACGGAUUUCACAUUUGUGGACGCAGUAUAUGAUGAUCAAGGAAGUAUUCGAGGUUAUCAUAUUUUCUACAAAGAUAAACUCUAUGAAGCAAAAGAUGUGGCGACAUGGUUCUACCAGAAGGCAGUGUUGUCCUGUACUCCAUCCAAAGAUGGUAACUACAGUGUCAUGAUCAUUCAUUAUGAUAGCAAUUGGCUCUCUUUUGCUAGGGCAGGAGAGAGCAAGUGGCAUGUGGUUUCAACUUUAGCUAUGAGCGAACGUGAUCGGUAUGCAGACUGUGCAUAUCACAAUGGGAGGUUCUACACUGUGACAUACCAGGGAAUAGUGGAGAAAUAUGAGCAUGAUGGAUCGAAUGGACCAACAAAGGAGGCAAUUAUUGCGCAUAGAAACUUUUCAUGCGUUCUUACUAGGCACUUGGUGUCUACACCAUGGGGUGACCUCUUGCAAGUCCGGGCAAUUUCUGCAAAGCGCGUGGAAAAUGUUAGAUUUGACAUUGACAUAGUUCAUCCUGAAGGAUGCAAGAAGGUAUUGGUGCAUGACUUGAUGGAGCAUGCCAUAUUUGUUGGACUCAAUCACUCGACAUGUUUACCUGCAAAAAAGUUCCCUGGUUUAAGACCUCAAUGUAUCUAUUUCUCUGCUCCCUGGAUGACACACAAAUUUGAAUUAAUGGGCCGAUGUCGUGGCUGGGGAGGUGUAAGGUCCUAUGACAUAGAAAGAAAUUGUUUCAAUCAUGCUUUUCCCAUCGAAGUUAUGCCUAAAAGGUGGAGACGGGGCUUGAAUAUACCUUCGGAGGUAUGGAUCACACCGAACAUAUAAUUCUUGCGACCAAUGUUUCUUCAAAAUCUUGUAUCUGCAAUAAAUGUAUUGAAAUUGUUAAGAUUUAGUCUACUGUAGCUUUGCUGAAACUUCUAGGAGAGCCCAGUGCUACUCUCCUAGUUUUGUUUUUUGUGAAUCGGGUCGUAACCGAUAAGGUUUUGUUAUGUCGGCUGAUUUAUCGCCGGCUUGUAUAUUUUGACCGAAUUUUUCUAUGAUGACCGAUAUGUUGGACUAUUUUUAGUGAAAUUUUGCUGAAAUUUGGUUUGUAGUUGCUCAA